AUGAAGUUCAUGAAGGCGAUCGAAAAGGGUGAACUAACAACUGUCAUGCAAUUAGUAAAGUCCAAUCCCCGCUAUUUGAUUGGUGGAGGAGACAAACCAACCAUACUUCAGCAAGGUUGCCGUUAUAAUGCACUGCAUGUCUGUUGCAAGUACAAUCAGCUGCAAGUCUGCAAGUACUUGAUUGACGAGCUGAUGGGUGUCGACCUGUAUGUCACGAUGUACCCAGACGACAAGUGGGAAAGUCGCAGGAUGAGGAUGACUUUUCUACUCGAUUACUAUCUAAACAACAGAGAGAAGGGGGUCUCUAUCAUUUAUUUCAACUAUUCGUUUCAACUAUUCUAUUCACAGUAG